AUGACCGACACACCGAACAUCGUUUUCUACCACUAUUCGUACUCGCCGUAUGCGCGCCGCAUCCAGUGGUAUCUGCUCCUCCGAGGGCUGCCGUACAACGAAUGUAUCCAACCGGCGACCAUGCCCCGGCCGGACAUUGCCCGUCUUGGCGUUCGGCAUCGUCGAAUCCCCAUUGUGGCUAUUGGCCGUGACGUCUACCUCGACACCCGCCUAAUCAUGCGCAAGCUUGAACUGAUCCAGCCCUCCUCGCCCGCAGUGCGGCCGCCCCUCGGCUUCGGGCUCAAUCCUAGCGACAAGAAGGCCAGCGCGGAGGCACUGGCUUUGGAGCGCCUGCUCAACGUCUUGACCAACGACAGCGGUCUGUUUCUCGAAGCCGCUCGACUGAUCCCCGGUGAUGUGCCGGCCAUGAAGGACCCCGUCUUCGGUAAGGACCGCAUGGAUUUUUUUGGUGGUCCGCUCAACCCGCGGCCUAAGAAGCCUGUGUCUGCGCCGUCCGGCGCCUCAUCGCCCACCGCAUCCGAGGAGCCGACUGCCUCGAAGGCACUCGAACGUGCCGAGGCCCUCGCCGAGGUCCGUCAUGCUGCUUCGAUUCUCGAGACGACGCUGCUCGCCGACGGCCGCACAUGGAUCUUGAGCACCGAGGGACCCUCGAUCGCCGACAUCGAGGCCAUCUGGCCCUUCCACUGGUUGGCUAGCAUGCCGGGCGCGUUUUUGGAUGGCAGCGGCUCGGAGGAGGCCGGAUUAGAUGCGGUGCAGUUCCCCAAGCUGUUUGCCUGGAUUGACCGUUUCAGUCGCGUGGUUCGUGCUGCGCGCAAGGACCAGCCGGGCCUGUCGAAGAGGAUCGACGGCGACAAGGCGGCACAGGAAGUGCUGACGGCGCAGUUCUGGGACCCGUUGUCCAACGUGUCGUCCUACAUCGACACCAAGGAUCCCGUGGCGCGUGCGGCAAGCCUUGUCAUCGGCAAGCACGUUGUGCUGUGGCCGACGGACACGGGCAAGUCGCACAAGGACGUGGGCAAGCUGGUACGGUUCUGCCCGGACGAGGUGGUCAUCGAGGUGGCGGCCAGUGAGGAUGCGCCCAAGGUGAUGCUGCACGCGCCGCGGCACGGAUUCCGGGUGCGGCCCGUCGACGGAGCCGAGGGCCCAAGACUGUAG